CCUCUGACAAUAAAGAGUUCCUUUGGUCUUCAUCCUGGAUUUAGGAACGGCCUCCCAGCAAUCAGAGGCAACCCAGAAGGUUUGUUAUUUCUUUAGGUCAAGAUGGAAAAUCUAGACAUGAAGCAAAAUGGCCACACAGAAGUCCACAGACCCGUGGCUGGUAUAUUUCUGGAGAAGACAAAGGAGAAAAUGACCAUAUAUCAAGCCAUGAAAAAGCGUCUGCUUAAACCAGGGACAGCAUUGGCUCUGCUUGAAGCACAAGCUGCCACAGUGGGAAUCAUAGACCCAAUAAACAAUAGAAUACUUCCUGUUGCAGAUGCUGUUAAAGAGGAAAUAGUUGGACCGGAAAUGAAAGAGAAACUCCUCACAGCAGAGAAAGCAAUCAGUGGCUAUGUAGACCCCUAUACCAACCAAAUAAUAUCUGUAUUCCAAGCCAUGCAGAAAGAUUUGAUCCCACGAGAUAACGGCUUACGGCUGCUGGAAGCGCAGAUAACCACACAAGGCCUGAUUGAUCCCAUUGAGAAAACAAAUAUCUCAGUUGAAUCUGCAAUUCAAAGAGGCUACUAUGAGAAAGGUUUGCUCAAUGACCAGAUGUCUGAGCUGAAAAUUUUCUACAAUCCAAGUUCACAAGAAACUCUCAGUUACCAAAACCUUCUGGAGAAAUGCACGGUGGAGCCAGACACAGGCCUGUUGCUCCUUCCUGUCUGCAUCACAUUCAAAGGUCUUCGACGAGGCAUUUCCUCCACUGAACUCUUCGAAUCAAAGGUCAUUGACCAAGAAACAUUUGAUGACCUACGACAGGGAAAGACCACAACACAGGAUGUGCUGUUGAUGGAAACAGUGAAAGAAUACUUGCAGGGCAAAGGCAGCAUUUCAGGAAUUGCUUUGCUUUCAUCCAAUCAGAGAAUGAGCAUUUAUCAGGCCAUGAAACAAAGAAUACUGAUGCCAGGGACAGCGCUAGUUCUCCUGGAGGCACAAGCUGCAACUGGAUUCAUGAUUGACCCAGUAGAAAAUAAAAAGUUCACUGUGGAUGAAGCCGUCAAGAUCAAACUUAUUGGCCCAGAAUAUCAUGCAAAACUGCGUUCUGCUGAGAGAGCAGUCACUGGAUACAAAGAUCCAUACACAGGUGAAACUAUUUCCCUGUUCCAAGCCAUGUCAAAAGACCUCAUUGUUAGGGAGCAUGGGAUUCGUCUACUUGAGGCACAAAUUGCAACAGGUGGAAUAAUAGACCCAAUCAACAGCCACAGACUUCCCACAGACGUAGCCUUCAAGAGAGGUUAUUUCAACGAAGAGAUGAAUGCCAUACUAGAGGAUUCAGGGGAUGACACAAAAGGGUUUUUUGACCCAAACACAGAAGAUAAUCUUUCUUACCUUCAUCUGAUGGAAAGAUGCGUCACUGAUCCUGUCACUGGACUGUGCCUCCUCCCGCUCCUUGAAAAGUCAGACAGGCUGAAUUUUCACUUCAUUGAUUACAAAACUAAAAUGGCCUUCAAAGAAGUGAAGGUGAAAGUGACAUGUGGGAAGUACAUGGGAAUGACAGUAUCUCUGUGGGAACUGCUGAUGUCAGAGUACUUUGAUGAACAGCAGAGGACCAGCUUCUGUCAGAAGUACAGAGAGAGGACGCUCACUAUCCAGAUGAUCAUUACAACAGUUCUGGAAGUGAUAGAGAAGUCUGUGAAAACAACUAAAGUUGUCUUUGAAGGCAUCAGAGAACCUGUCACAGCCAAACAACUUCAGGAGGCAGACAUCAUAAGUAAAGAGGUCCUGGAGGAUCUGACAAAGGGAAAAAAGUCAGUGAAAGACAUGAUGGAAGAUGAAAAUGUAAAUGUGUACCUACAGGGGAAAGACAGUAUUGCAGGUAUUAUGCUUCCUAAUUCUCAGAUCAUGACCAUCGACCAAGCCAGAAAGAAAGGAAAGCUGAUGCCAGGAACUGCCCUGAUUCUGCUGGAGGCACAGGCAGCAACAGGGUUUAUUAUUGACCCGAUUGGAAACAGAAAGUUUUCAGUGGAUGAUGCCGUCAAAGCAAAGAUUGUGGGGCCAGAUAUAUGUCAAAAGCUGCGGUCAGCAGAGAAAGCUGUCACUGGUUACAUAGAUCCAUAUAAUGGGAAAAUAAUCUCUUUGUUCCAAGCAAUGCAAAAAGAUCUCAUCGUAAAAGACCAUGGAAUUCGGCUCCUGGAAGCCCAGAUUGCCACUGGUGGAAUCAUAGACCCAGUGAACAGCCAUCGGAUACCUGUCCAUGUGGCCUACAAAAGAGGGUACUUCAAUGAGGAAAUGAAUCAGAUCCUUAGUGAUCCAAGUGAUGACACCAAAGGAUUUUUUGACCCUAAUACCCAUGAGAACCUGACAUACUUGCAGCUCAUAGCCAGAUGUGUCACAGAUCCCAGUACAGGUAUGUGUCUCUUGCCACUCAAAGGUAAAAGUAACAAGAUCAACAUCGAUGAUAAUCUUCGAGAAACAUUCAAAACAGCAGUUACUGUUAAGUAUGGCAGGUUCAAGGGCAAGCACAAAACACUGUGGGAUCUUAUCAAUUCUGAGUAUCUGUCUGAGGACAAACGGCAAGAGUUUUUCAAGCUCUUCAAGUCAAGGAAAAUCACAAUUGAGCAACUUAUUGUGACCAUUUUGGAGAUUAUUGAAAAUAAGGAGAUAAAAAAGCAAGCAGGGUUGAACUUUCAAAGUCUCAGAGGAGAGGUCUCUGUUGUGGAUCUUUUGGAGCUGGAAAUUGUGAAUGAGCAAACAUACAACAGCUUGAUCCAGGGACAGCUGACAAGCACAGAUGUGAUGAAAAUGGACAGUGUGAGAGAGUUCCUACAAGGAAAAAGCUGUGUAGCUGGUGUGAUUCUGCAACCCUCCAAUCAGAAGUUAAGUAUCUAUGAGGCACAGAGAAUCGGUGUUCUCACACCUGGUACUGCCCUCUGCCUCCUUGAAGCACAAGCAGCCACAGGGUUCAUUGUUGAUCCUCAGAAAAACCAAAAACUUACAGUGGCACAAGCUCUCAGAGAAAAGGUAAUUGGGCCACAUAUGUAUGAAAAACUUUUGUCUGCAGAGAGGGCAGUCACUGGUUACACAGAUCCAUACACUGGUCAAAAGAUCUCACUUUUCCAAGCUUUGCAAAAGGAUUUAAUUAUCAAGCAGCAUGGCAUCCGUUUACUUGAGGCCCAGAUCGCUACAGUGCGUAAGUACCUCGAGGGAACCAACAGCAUUGCAGGAGUGUACCUGCAGUCCACCAAGGAGACACUGAGUAUCUAUGAAGCUAAACAACGAGGACUACUGACCCCUGGAACUUCUCUGGUUCUGCUGGAGGCCCAAGCUGCCACUGGUUUUGUUAUUGACCCACUGAACAACAAGAAACUUUCUGUAGAGGAAGCUGUAGACCAAAGAGUAGUUGGCAYUGAGUGGGGAAAGAAACUGCUCUCAGCAGAAAGAGCRGUCACCGGUUACAAAGAUCCCUACACUGGAAACACAAUUUCUUUGUUCCAAGCCUUGAAAAAAGAUCUGAUUGUGAAAGAUCAUGGAAUUCGUCUCCUUGAAGCACAAAUUGCCACAGGAGGCAUCAUUGACCCCGUACACAGUCACAGAGUGCCUGUACAGGUGGCUUACCAAAGAGGUUACUUUGAUGAAGAAAUGAACCAGAUUCUGUCUGAUSCUGAUGAUGACACCAAGGGCUUCUUUGACCCCAACACUCAUGAGAACCUCACCUAUCUCCAGCUAGUGGAGAGAUGUGUCACUGAUCCCAUCACAGGUCUUAGUUUACUCCCCUUGCACAGGUGA